AUGAACGAUUCCUCAUCUUGUUGUGAUAUACCGGUUUUUAUCCUCGCCGGAGGGGAGUCUGACAACUUUUCUAAGCUUGGAAGUACACUAAUAAAGGCUCUGUUGAAGAUUGGGACCAAAACACUUCUGCAAAACACUAUAGAUAACUUAGUUGUGUCUGGGUUUAAAGAUUUGAGAAUUAUCACGAAUGAUGAGCUUUCCGCAUCGAUACAGGAUCACGUAAUUACAUGCUCCAAGGAUUGGGAGUCAUAUAAUCCGAGUAUUGAAGUUCAUGGGAUUUCCUUUUGCGAUCACCAAGGAACCACUGAUGCCGUACGUGCCUUUGCAAAGUCUACAGACACUCCUUUCAUGGUUGUUCCAUGUGAUUUUUAUGGAAAAUUUGAUUUCAAAGCGGUUGCAAGGGAACAUUUCAGGAGCAAGAGAUUAUGUACCAUUGCACUGGUAGAGAGUGAAAAGAAGACCGUCGAUAACCAACUUGCCCUUGGCGGAUGUGAAGUUGAAACCUGGGACUACAAGUACAGAGUUAUAUCGACUUUAGACGAAUCAAAGGGGCAAAUUGUUGGAAUAUCACAGGCAAUUUCAGUUGAAAGCGGUGAGAAACACGAGAUAUUCAAAUGGCAUUCCUUGAAACACCAACAUUGUGUGAUACUCCGCAAUCUGGUUGACGUGCACAUUUAUGUGUUUUCCAAUGACAUAUUUAAAAUGUUUGGCGUCUAUAAGAAUUCAAGUAUUAGGCUCGAUGUUAUCCCAUUUAUCGUAAAAAUGCAAGAAACGCCAGUUCUUAAGGUAUGCAUUGAUAGUGGAGAUUUACCUGGUCAAACUGAUGAAAUUUAUGAUAAGCAGUGGAAGCGUCAUGAACUUGACAAUGACUUUGAUGACACAAGGGUCUUUUACUUUAUUGGCUCCGGAGACUCAUUUAAGAUAUCCAGAGUAAACAGUAUAGAUGCAUUCUACCUUGCAAAUAUGAGGGAAUGCACUUCAAAAUCAGCUAGCGCAUCUGGAAGCAAAAUUACAAAGGCAAAGAACACAAUUUCAGGGGAAAAUCCAAAUGUGGACUCUACAGCCAGCAUCAAGAACUGUGUUUUUGGUGAUAACGUACAAAUUGGCGCAAAUGCAAAAGUAACAAAUUGCGUGGUGAUGGAUGGAUGUAAACUAGAAGGCGAGGUUACUCUAGACCGAUCUGUCAUUGGUAAAUCAGUGACUGUCGGUGAAAAGUCAAAGCUCAAAAACGUUGUCGUAUUAUCCGACUAUGUCAUUCCAAAGGAGACGCUGAUCGACAGGGACUAUUUGCCCCCGUUUAUAGAAUAA